AUGGAUUUCGAAUCCCCUCAAGGACAGUCUUUCGGCCUCGCCGGAACUUUCUCCGUGAAACAAGACCGAAUCGCCUCGCAGUUCAAGAAAUUCGGAGUCAAAAGAGAAAAGGAUGUGAAGAAAUGUGACUUCAUCAUCGCAAACACGGAUGCCUUGAACAACAAAUUUGUCAAUGAUGCAAAGGCUGCAAACCUCCCAGUCCUUAACGAAGGCUGGAUAGAAUCAGUUUUGGAAGGGCAGGCGUGGAUUGUGCCCGAUACAACGCAUUUUCAUUUUAAACCUGGAUCUACUUCAGCGCCAGAAGCUAGCGCAGAAAGCAAGCCCGACCAAACCGAGACCGCUGUCGAAAAUGCCGACGCACUUGAGCAACAGCGCCAGCAGGACCUGAUGCAACAAGAAGAGCUGCGCAAAGAAAAUGAGAAGCGCAAGCAAGAUGAGGAGAAGCGCAAGCAAGACGAGAAGCGCAAGCAAGACGACGAGAAGCGCAAGCAAGACGAGAAGCGCAAGCAAGACGACGAGCAGCGCAAGCAAGACGACGAGAAGCGCAAGCAAGACGACGAGAAGCGCAAGCAAGACGAGAAGCGCAAGCAAGAUGAGGAGAAGCGUCAGGAAAACGAAGAGGAGCAGGACGAGGAGCGAGACGACCAGCGCCAGGAAGAUAAUGAAGAUCAUCAGCCAGACGAAGAAAGCCAUCACACGGAAGACGAACGUGAGAGCCCCGACGAGGAGAGCCCCGAACCAGAGGGGGAGAAGAGCAAAGAAGACGGCAAGAGGCGUGGGCAACACGAAGAAAAGCGCAAACCAACAUUGCAAGCCCCGCCCAUCUUGAAACCUGCCUGGGGUGGCCGUACCGUUCAAGGAGCGCGAGCACAUUGGUAUAAUAGCAGCCGCGCGCAGAACGAGCUUGUUGUUGCUGUUCAUCCCGCGGACGAAUGCAAGCCAGAACAUCAGCAGCGCAAGAACUACGUUCUGAAUAUCGACUUCGUUGUUCGACACUUCCUGUUUGUGUCCGAUCCGCAGACUGUAUUCCCCUCACACAAGAACCCAUCAAAGACGAAACGAAAUCUCCGCGCGUCCUGGCUGCUUCCACGGAAAGAUUCAGGCGCACAGGGCCAAGCUUACAUCGACAAGCGAGGCCAUGUUUUGUCCGUUACUGGCGACGCCAUCCUGCGGGGCCAUAAAAUGGAUGAUUUUGACUGGUGGGGUACCGCGACCGAUGGCAGAGUGUGCUACAACGCAGGCAUUUUGCCGGGUGAGACCGAGCCCCAGGUGUGGGCACGAACAACACAGAAGAAAAUUUGGAAGCAUAUCGACCCUGAGAUUGAUGCCAUCCGACAGGUAUUUGGUCAACCCGCUCUUGCCGAGGAAAGUGUGCGGAGAAGGACUGGGGAUGGCAAAUCACGGAUUUUGGAGAACCUGGCCGAGUGUGAAAGGUGGUUGAAGGAGGAGGAGGACGACUAA